AUGCCGUCACUGGCCGUCCUCGUCAGCGGGCCGCCGUUGAACGAGAUCGAUUGGGAACAUGAGGAGGGUGGCAAUGCUCUGUCUUUAGCACAACACCAGCCUCCCCAGCGGCAAUCAUUGUGGGAUCGCGUGGUGAGUGUGGUAGCUGGCUACCUCCACCCCGCGCAACAGCCGUCCCCGCUGCCGCUGCCGACGCCACCGCUGCCUCUGCCAUUAUCACAAGGAUUGGUCCAUGUUCCGUCUCAGUUUAUACGCAGUCUGACACCAUUAGAUGCUGAUGAGAUCUCUCAGCCGGCCUCAAUUUCGCCGCCACAGGUCCUGACCCCCGAACCUCAACAACCGCCUAACCAGCUCAUCCCCCGCAAUCAAGCACCAGUAUAUGGGACUAGCCUUUUCUUUGGUGGCGUCCCUAAAGAUUAUGAUGACGACGAUGAUGAUUUGAUGGAGAUCGAUGCCUACGAAGACAUUGAAGUCAAUGACUCCGUUGCCAAUGACACCUACAUCAAAUCUGUGGAGCAGUACUACAAGAACUUUGCCCCUCCCGUCAAUAUCCUUGAUUACUCGCUAGAAGAUGUUCCUGCCUACUCGUUUAACGACCACUUCGCUGACGACGACUUCCUUCGCGAGGUUGAUCGGCGCCGAGUGGCCGCCUCGAAACCCACCGGAGUUAAGCCGUUGACGGACUCACAGUUACAACAGGUGACGCAGGCGUGGCAACUGAGGCUGGCGGAGCCGGUGGCGUCUGCAUUCAACAUCGACAUCACCCCUAAUGACCUUCGCACGCUAGCCGAUAGGCAAUGGCUCAACGAUAACGUCAUCGACUACUAUAAUAACUUGGUGAUGGAGGCUAACCCUAAGGUGUGGGUGUGGACGACUCAUUUCUACACCACCUUAGCCGCUAAGGGCUAUCUGGGGGUGGCGCGCUGGGCCCGCCGGAAAAAGCUUGAUUUGUUCACUAAGGAUCGAGUGAUCGUGCCCAUCAACAUCAACAACACGCACUGGGCGGUGACAGUGAUUGAUAACGACAAGCGGACCAUCACCUACUACGAUUCCCUUGACAAGUCUGGUAGUCGCCUGAUUUGCGUACAGCUUCAAGAGUAUAUGAACGGUGAAGCUAAUCGUCUAGGGAAGCCAGCAGUCACUUACGAUAUCAUUCCUCACGGAGGGUCGCCUCAGCAGCUAAACGGCUAUGACUGCGGUGUCUUCACCUGCACCAACUCCCGCAUGCUCGCCCUGGGUUCAAAGUUGACCUACAGCCAAAAGGACAUGAAGACGAUCCGUCGUCGCAUGGCCUUUGAAAUCCUCAACACCAAAUUGCUUCCAUAG